ACACCAGAAUCGAAGUUGUAGAUGUGAGCUAUGAGUUACGGUCUUACACUUGGUUUGAGUUAUGGUCCUACACUUGAAUUUUCUGUCCCUACAGGCCUACCGUUUUCAUUUUUUAGCUUCACUUCUCUGAUAUUAGUGGGAUAAUUCACGUGCACUAGCAUGUUUUUGCGCGUUCCCGAAUCGUAAUUACGUUUCCAUCUGGCGCGUAAGUGUGGGGGUGUGUGCACGCGCGCCCGCAUGUGUGUGUGUGUGUGUGUGUGUGAGUGUGAGAUCUAAAUCCGCAGAUUUGGCAGGUUCAUAUACACUGCGUAUAAAUUCCGAGCUGAAGUAAUGGCCGGAUUCCACAGCCCUGUUUAUUAGGAAGCAAACAAACAAAUAAAUAGCUACAUGUAGAAAAAUGCCACGCACGCGCACGGUCCCAGCACGGACCUUUGUUUAUUUUAUUUUAUUUUAUUUUAUUUUUAUUUUUUUGAUCACUCGAGACUGUGCCCUGUAAACGCAGGUAGCCUAUAAAUGGAACUGUAUGUCUUUGUUUGCAAAGACAAACAAACAAAAAGGCAAUUAGUCUAUUAUUACUCGGUGGGAUGAGCGCGCGCUAAGGUGUCCAAACUCCGGUGCAGGAUCAUUUGUGCAGGAUCAUUCACGGUGGAUCAAAAGUUUUCCAGGGACCUUUAAUCCCCUCCAACGCGCGUGUGUCUGUGCGUUACAGACGCGUAGUGAGAGUAAAAAAAAAUCCCAAGAGGACACGAACCACGAAGGUCGUCUGAGUUUUUGCGCGAGCGGUUUAAGGAAGUCGAUGCUCACUCUCCGGUGGAACUCCAGAUGUUUGGGGAAGCUGCUGAUUGGUGGAAGGUGUAUUGGUGGGUGGCACAACUGUGCAUAGUAGGAGUAUCAGUAGAAGGAACCCCACCUUGGCCAUGCCCUCACAAUUGUGAGUGCUUACAUGAGCCUCUCAAGGUCAACUGCUCCUCAUGUCACUUAAAUUCUGUACCGGAAGGUAUCCAUAAAAACACACAAAGCCUCAGUCUGGCCAAUAAUCUCCUGAAGACACUUGGAAAACAUCAGUUCUCUGACCUGAAACAGCUUCAGGAACUGGAUUUGAGUGAAAACAUGCUGACAGUGAUUGAAGUGCAAGCAUUCUCUGGCCUGCAAAACCUUCUCAUUCUAAGGAUUUCCCAAAAUCGUCUUAAGAUCAUUUUGGUUGGCGUGUUCUCUGGACUUCAGCGUCUCCGUCUGCUGGACAUUAGCAAGAAUGAAAUCCUUGUCUUUCUCAAUGACAUGUUUUAUGAGAUGCCAUCACUACAGAAGUUGGAAGUGAAUGACAAUGAUCUUGUAUUCAUCUCAAACCGUGCCUUCAGUGGCCUACUAUAUCUUCAGGAACUUAACCUGGAUGGCUAUAACCUUACCUCAUUCCCAAUCGAGGCACUGUCACAGCUUCCCAGGCUGGUGCGGCUGCGUUUCUGUCACACUGGUCUCACAGUGCUACCCAACAAUUCAUUUAGGCAUCUGACUCAGCUCAGGGCGCUGACAGUGUCCCACUGGCACAGACUGGAUACACUGUUACCUAAUAGCUUGACUGGACUUAACCUCACCUCUCUGACACUCAGCUACUGCAAUAUGAGCUCUGUGCCAUAUGAUUCUUUGCGCCAUCUGGUCUAUCUGCUCUACUUGGACCUGUCCUACAACCCUAUUACCUCCAUCCAGCCACAUCUGCUCAGAGACCUUCUACGGCUGCGAGAGUUCCAUUUGGUUGGUGGGAAUUUGCAGAGGAUAGAACCAGGUGCUUUCAGUGGCCUUGUUCAUGUUCAGCUAUUCAAUGUAUCAUUAAAUCAACUGUCAACACUAGAAGAGACUGUGUUUCAAUCAACAGGGACACUUCAGGUACUUCGGCUGGAUGGGAACCCACUUGCUUGUGACUGCAGACUAUUUUGGGUUCUGCAACGUCAUAUGCAUAUAAAGGUUAAUGAGCAGCCACCCAGCUGUUCAUCACCUGUACAGGUGCAUGGUAGAACAUUCCAGGAGUUCACUGAUUCUGAGCUUCCAGUGUUGUUUAUUUGUAGACCGGCACGUAUUCUAAACCACAAGCCACAGGAGGUGCAUGUGGACGAGGGCCAAACAGUCCUGUUCCUUUGCCAAGUGGAUGGAGACCCUUCCCCCUCUGUUAUCUGGGUUAGUCCUCAGCGGGCGGUUCUGCCCACCACAGGUCGGAUCCGUGUGCUGUCCAAUGGAACCCUUGAGGUGCGUUAUGUACAAGUACAAGACAGUGGCAUCUACUACUGCUUUGCAUCCAAUGUGGCAGGGAAUGACAGUAUUUCUGUCAGUCUGUGGGUGAGAAGUUUUGUCACGUCCUCAUCUCAUAACCGCUCUGCCCACUUCUUUCUUGAUGGGUGGAGUUUUACAUCCGCCCAUCCACCAGUAAAUGGCUCAUACGAUUCUCAUCCAUUUCCAUUUGACUUGAAGACACUACUGGUUGCAGUAACAAUGGGCUUCCUGUCAUUCCUGAGCUCUGUGGCUGCUUGCUUUAUAUUCAUGUUCUUCUGGAGUCAGAGCAAAGGGCAAAUCAAACACACAGCCACAAUUGACUUUGUACCUCACAGUACAGGAGCAGGAUCUGGGGGAGGACGGACCAGAAUGGAGACUGGCAGGUUUAACAUGAAGCUCAUCUGAUGCCUGAAGCUAGAAGAAAACUGCCUGAUGAAGUAUGUAGGAGAUGAAAAAAACUUUAUAUGGUCUUCAGAUGUUGUUCUGGACCAGUAUUGAUUGUAAAAAAAAGUUAGUAUACUCAAAGUUUCACUGGAAAAUGUAUUAGCUAAUGCUGUCAGGUGAUGGCCCAUAUGUGUGAGGAUUUGGUGAGGUGCAUGGACUUAUGAUAACUAUAGUAAUGAUGCUGAUUUCCAAGGAAGCAUGAGCAAAAAAUAUCAAAUGCAUAAAGUUAUUCUACAAUUGUACUAAGUUGUUCUGAAAUGCAUGUGGCUUUGUUAGUGUUUAAUGUUCUGAAAAUGACAGCAAUGCCAGAAAAAAAGAUUAAUCACAGAAAGCAGAGUGUAUUAUGGGUAAAAUUAGACAAUUCAUGAACUGCUUUUCAACUCAUGCAUGAACAUAUGUGAUUAUUCAAUAUGGACUAUCUAUAUCAUAACUUCAUAAGUCCAAGCUGUUGAUGUCAUUCUAUAUUAUACACAGCAUGAGAGGGUGUGAGGAAAUAUUAGAUUUAUUUAUUUAUUUAUAAUUAAGUGUGGUAUAACAAAUUAGCUGAAUAAGUAUGAAUAUACAAACAUGCAUGUAUGGUAUUAUAGUAAAUUCUAGGAUUAUUUCCCCCUUUUGUUUAUGAAUUGCUUAUAUCUACUGCUACAAUAUGGAAGACACCAGAUUGUAUUAUUACAUGCAUUUAAUAUACUGUAUGUUAAACAAAAUAAAUAAAAUGUAGCUCCAGAAUAAUGUAGCUAUGCA